GUUACUCUGGUCGGCGUUCGUCUGGCGUUCGUACAGUACAGUAUAUAUAUAUAAUAAGGACUGCUCGUCACCCUUCUUGCGUACGGACGGAGUCGACACAGCGCAUAUCCGUCCCUUAUCUACUACACUCCAACGGAACGCAAUCCACCGCAAUGACAGUCCGUCCGAAGCUCACCCUUCAGCCGCUCACCACGGCGGACAUCCCCAGAGCGGUCGAGAUCGAGCGAGCAGCUUUCGGACCCGGCCCGCUCACCAAACGCUUCUAUCCAAACGGGAUGAACGAAACAUCUCUCGCCAACCUCAAAUAUCGUGUCUCAAAAGCGCUGAAAGACCCCACGAGCAACGCACAUCCGUGGAAAGUCGUCCGGGACGAUACCGGAGAGAUGAUCGCGUAUGCGAUAUGGAUCAAGCCGUUGACGAAAGACGAAGUGGAGCAAAUGAUGGAAAAGGCGAAGGUAGACGAUCCGAAUGAACCCGUCGAUACCGCGGUCAACAAGGAGUUCAAGGCAGCGUUCAUGAAGGAGAUGUUUGCUUCGCAUGGCAGACUCAUGGGCGACCGCAUGCAUUGGUACCUGCGUCUCAUUGCGACACAUCCUGAUCAUCAAGGGAUAGGCGCUGGUGCUGUCCUCAUUGACUGGGGACUGCAAAAAGCCCGGGAGGACAGCAUGCCGGCCUACCUGGAGUCUUCAGCUGCUGGCUACCCUGUCUAUAUACACAAAGGGUUUCGUGAAAUCGGAAAAAUGACGGUGGACGAAAGUACAUCACUGCCAUGCUUGCUAUGGGAGCCAUAGAUAGAUAGACCUCUGUACUUUCCUUGCAUGUACACUCAUCUCUCUGUACGCUUAGAUCACACUUGUGGUGGUUCAGCAGGCAUGUGCACACACCACACCACCGAACGGGCGGCAUUUGAGAAGUGCAUCAGAGGAUCCGACCAGGAGACAAUGUGAACGUAGAACUUAGAC